UCUGAAUCCAAUCGAUUGGAGGCCGGUUCAGCAACUCUUCUGCAGCAGAUUCUCGACGAUACUAGCUUCCUUCUGCGUUCCGAAACGAAGCGUUACGGCGCCAAAUGCGUCGCACACAUGCUACCCAGAUGUGCCGGUGGCCUCACCUGCCUUCCCGACUUCUGCCCUGAUCCUGAGAUGUUUGCUCGCCAGAAGACAGCCAGCACUCCUCUGAUGGCGCCGAUCCUUUUGCGCAUGCUCCUAACUACACUCCUCUUUAUGGAUUUUCUUGCCUGCCAGAAGGUGGAACUCGCACCGUCAGAUAGACCACAGGAAUCAACCCAAUCCGAUAGUUCGCAGAAGAGCAGUAACAGCACGUCAGCGAACACAACGGAACCACCGAUCACGGAGUUGGAUCAGCUCUUUCAACGCGCCGGAGAACUGCCCCUCUUUACACUCACCUUCCUUGAUCUUCUACUCACACACUCAGCCCAUGCGCUCAACAAAACGGUAAACAUGUUCAAGCUAGCUGCCUCACGACUGUUACAACUACCUCCACCAGGCACCCAUUCGGCCACCAGCGUCAACAGGGCUCGCAGAGAAGAUACUAAAAGCGAAGCCAAACGACAGAAGAACGCCAAGGCGACGUUGAAGAAUAUACAGGAAAAUGACGAGGUGGUGGACUCACAGAACGAGCUUGAGGUGUCUCUUGACGAAUGCGGAGACAGACCAGAAGUACCUGAAAAUGAGGGAGCAGCUGAUGUGGAAGAGGAGGAGAAUGAGCCAACGUACCGUGGUCGGGCGUCAAGUGAUUCAGAAACUGCACCAUCUGUCGACGAUAGGCGUCGUAGGCGGCUGCGACCGUUGACUCAUAACCCCGGUCCCGGUGUGGUCGAGGUGGAUGAUUUUAGUGAUUUUCUGCAGGACUCCAGUGACACCGAAUUCUCGGACAAUGACGGUGACGAGGAUGACAGUGACUAG